AUGAAUGCUCUCUCACUUAAACAAGCUAUGGAAAAUUUAUUCUCCAGACUUGGAUUGAGUAUUUCCAGAUUGCGGGGUCAAGGAUAUGAUGGGGCUAGUAAUAUGCAAGGUGAGUUCAAUGGUCUUAAAACACUUAUACUGAAAGAGAAUCCUUGUGCAUAUUAUGUUCAUUGUUUUGCUCAUCAAUUGCAAUUGGCACUUGUAGCCGUGGCAAAGAAUAAUAAUCAAAUUGCCUUACUUUUCACUUUGGUUUCUAAUGUGGUGAAUGUUGUUGGAGCAUCAUGUAAACACCGAGAUAUUGUUAGGGAGAAACAAGCUGCAAAAGUUGCUGAGGCACAUAAUAAUAGAGAGCUAUCUAGUGGGCAAGGCUUAAAUCAAGAAACUAAUCUUAAACGUGCUGGUGAUACACGUUGGGGUUCACACUAUGGUACUUUAGCCAGCUUGGCUAGUAUGUUUUUAAUAGUGAUUGAUGUGCUUGAAAUGAUUUCAGAGGAUGGUUCAAAUUCAGAAUAA